ACCUCCCCAGUGACGGCCCGUACACUGGAGACUCUGAUCCGCCUGUCCACAGCGCACGCCAAGGCUCGCAUGAGCAAAGCCGUGGAGCUGGAGGACUCGGAGGUGGCCGUGGAGCUCGUCCAGUUCGCCUAUUUUAAAAAGGUUCUGGAGAAAGAGAAGAAACGGUCGAGACAGGAGCGGGACUCCGGUUCAGAGGAGGAGGAGCAGGAGCAGGACGAGUCGUCCACUCAGGCUUCACAGCGGCCUUCGAGGAAGAGGGGGCGGCGUGGGUCUCAGGGCAGCGAGCCAUACAGCCCGUACGACUUCAGCGAGGAGCAGGAUGUCCCUGAGAUUUCGGCCCGCUCCCCAAAACCGACCAAGCCACAGCGGCAGGAGGAGCCCAUGGACGCCACAUCGCAGGCGGGAGACGCUGAGCUCUCGGCAGAGAGGCUGAAGGAGUUCAAGUCGUCGCUGUUCUCAGUGUUCCAGUCCGCUCACGCUCAGUCCAUCAAGAUGCAGACACUGAUGGACGACAUCAACAAGAAGCGCGAGAGCCGCUUCACGGAGCCUGAGGUCCGCGCCGCUUUGGUCCGCAUGCAGGACGACAACCAGGUCAUGGUGGCCGAUGACAUCAUCUUCCUCAUCUGAGGAGCGACAACUGUUUCUCAAAUAUAUGAAACGGACUUUAAAGGAAACAGUGAUUUAUGUCCAAAUGUCCCUUUAUUUUCCACCCUUUAUUGUGUUUGUUUUCAUGCUGCAUCUGUUUAUUCUCUGAAUGCAGCCUCAUGUUGCUCACAUUAAAAAGCCAGUCUGACCCUGACCCCUGAUCUGCAAUACACACUUAAAGCACACUUCAUUGUUCCAAACAGUUUAUUCUGUGUUGGAUUACGAUCGUCUCAUUUAGCAAAGAAACCUUUUGUUCAUUAUUCCGCUGUAAUAAGGACUUUAUUCCCUGGAUUUGUACAUAGCUGAAAAAAAGUUUUGGAUUUGUUAAUUUACUGUAGUUUGUGUAUUAAAAUAAAUAAAAUGUAAAGCUUG